UGUCUGUGGUUACUGCUGCUUUGGCAUUGGCUGACAUGAUUAUUUUGUAAAAUUCAAACGUUAAUUUCGAAAUGUGUGAUAAAAAUGAUGGGAGUCCCAAUAACUAUAAAUCUACUCCCCCGACUAAUAAAAAGGUCCGGAAUCCCUUCGAUAAAGCAUUAAUAGAUCGGUUACACAAACCGAUAUGUAGCCCGGGGAUGUGCAAGAUAUAUAAAAAGAAAAACAAUGGAUCCUUUCGUUGGGAUAUCGACCAGGCGUGUAUGCUGGUACCAGCAGACAUAGUUGUAUGCAACAGCCAGUUCGAGCCUUCUCCUGACCCAGCCUUGGAAAGGAUUGCUGAAGAGGCUACGGAGAGAUUCUUUUCUCAAGAAAUGGUAAUGCCAAGCCCACUUGAGUCUUCCAAAAAAGUGAAGCCUUUGCUUCAUACCUCAAGCGAUACUAGUAUUAAGUUGACAAGCUUAACUGAAGAGAAAACUGUUGUUUUAAGGGAUGUUUCAGCACAAACUGUAUUGACCCUGCCUCCAGAACUACCGCCAGAAAUAGAAAAGAUUCUUGAACCAUUUUGCACUUUCACACAGGACCAAAACAUAUCAGGCGACUAUGAAAUCACGGCCAACGGUUCUCUUCGUCGGAAGUUAUUCUUCGAAGAGCACAGCGAUAUGGAACAUUAUGACUCUGAGCAGACGGACGAUGAAAUACACGUCGAGCGAGAGCCUCGUCCGCCUUCAAGCUAUGAAGCACAUACACCCAUAAUAUUCAGCCCAGACUUGAGUCGCGAUUUAGUGGCUAACGGAAUGAGGCGGACUUUUGGGACCCCACUCAAGAAAGGUGCUUCAAAUCCUGGGAAGUCCUGUUAUCGUAACAAAAUACUGGAUGUCGUUGACUUCGGGGAGCCGUGUUUCAGCCCCAUCCAGUUUCAAACCCCGAAGCGGGUCGACCCAGAGUCGGGAGCAUCUUCGUCCCCCGCAUUUAGGUCUAUUUCGCCAGUGACCAAAGCGACUUCGAGUGACGAGGAGAAGAACAACUUUACAUCACCCGAGUCUGAAGCAAUGGCAACUUGUUUGGACUGCAUUUUAUCGGAACCGGAGAGCGAAAAAAAGGGCCCGUGUUUUUGUAAAACGCCAAACAAAUCGGUUCUGAAAAGAAGCACGUCGUUGAAAGAUUCACCACAACGGAGUAGGAAAGGGUCAUUUUCAUUUGCGGAAAAACGAAGCUUGAGUUUGUCGAGUUUGCACCGCAGCCGGUCGGUACAGAAACUUGACUUUAGUAUGGAUAUGAGCGUCGAUGGAUCUUUUCAUGACCAAUCUCAAGAUUCGGACACAAGAUCACCGCUAGGCAAGAAAGUAGCGUGGUCUAUGGCUGAAGAAUCAAGCAUAAUUCAGGCCAAAGCAGAAUCCACUAAAAUUCUUACAGAAAUUCAGUCGUCCACUCAAAUCCACAGUCUCAAUAUAUUAGAUGACACACCAAUCAAGGGAAAAACAACCAGCAACGUGCUUUCCCAUGAAAUUAGCAAAAUUCGUGCACCAACAAUACUUACGCCCGUACACAUGAACCUAGAUUGUAGCUUAGACAAUUUCGAGAAUGCACUCAAUAUGGAGCAUAAGAAGAUAGAUUUUAAUAACGUUGAUCUCAAGUUCUUGACUGAAAACAUAUCUCAAUUUGAUUACCCCACCGAUGCCACCAAAGCCGGAGGCGAUAGUUCAAGUAGUUUUAAAAGAGUCGACAGCGGGUUUAACGAAAACACGUUUUACGCUAACGCAUCUAGCUAUUACGAGAGUGCCAUAAAACCCUCUGAGUUGACUGUGACUGACUUAUCAAAGGCUAAUAAUAGUAAGACUGCUUUGAAAGAGAUAUCUAACGUGCACUGGAUGAGAGUUGACAGCGGCUUCAAAGAUGAGAACUCGGCCGACGGUACCCAGUUUUAUACUGGCAAUGAUAGUUCAGUGAAAAAAGUUGCCAGUUUUCGUUUCUCAGAAGCGAAAGUAGAGGACAAAGAGAACAUUGCCACAGAAGAUUUCGACCGCUUCUUGGUACACUCUUCCAACAAAAACGAAGCUAUGUCCAUGUCUGAUCUUUUCACUGAGGACAUGACGUUCAACUGCAACUUUUCAUCGACACCGUCGAAGAACAAAUCGCGCAAACUCCAUUCAUAGCACUGAGUUAAUUUUAAGUAUAUUAUUAUGAAUUUUAUAUGCAUUUAGACGAAAGUUUUGACGUUAGUCCAUUAAAUUGUGGAUAGUUUUAUUUGAUUAUGUUGCGAAUGAUUUUGUUAAUAAUGAAGCUAUGACUAAGGAAUAAGUAUUUUGCAUGAAAUAAUUAUUUUGUGAUUUUUGAGUACUGUGUGUUUACUUGAGUCAAGUAAAAUUUUAAUUAAAUUGACUGAAAUACCCUGAGAUUUUCAUAUAUCAGGUAACAACAAUUUAUAGUUUGUGCGACAUUAAGAUAUACCCAAGUUUCAAGGGUAAAUAAAACUAGAUUGAUUUGAACCGAGUUUUAACCGUCGAUAAGCUAAUAUUUAAAUUGGUUGCUUCUUAUUUGAUCAAUUACAGGCUUGAUCGUUACGCCCCUACCUUUUAAUAAUUCAUAUUCGAUACGUGGUGUAACGACCUUUUGCGUAGUAACAUAUCGCGCAUAGAAACAUGCAAAUGGUUCCAUACCUACUUAGUAAAAUAAUGUUCAUUUUUAUUUAUAGUAUUUUUUUUUCUAUUUUCGAGUUUAAUAAAUAUGUAACUUUAA